AUGGCGCCUUUAGGAAUGAGUUUAAAAACGUUUCAGGAAAUGCAAAACGACGGCGUCUUCCCUCGAGAGCUCGUCGCUGGCUCCUUGGAUCAGGUUCUUCUAGGCCUAAAUCUUCUUCAUGAGGCUAGCGUUAUACAUACUGACCUCCAUGCAGACAACCUUUUAAUUUCGCUCGUUGAUGACUCGAUUCUCGCAAAAGUAGAGCAAAACGAGAUUGAUACGCCCUCGCCACGGAAGCAAAUCGACGAUCGAAUACUCUAUGUUUCUCAGUAUAUGUUAGGAGGCAGCGGCGCCUUGGUCAUUUCUGACUUUGGGCAAGCCCACAUUGGAACAGAACAUCGUGGAAACGCCAUGCCAUUACCAUAUCGUGCCCCAGAAGUGAUUCUGGGUAUGCCAUGA